UCGAUAUUAGAACGCGAACUGAGCUGGUAUCAAGUCGAGCUAUACCGAACCGACCGAACAACCGUAGAACCAAAAAAAAAAGAAAAAGAGCAAUUCAACAACCUGUUCAAAUCUAAUUACAUAUAUCAACUUAAUACUUAGCAAAUAUUUUGGAAAUACCUUUAUGCUAUGUCCUCUACUAUACUUUGUGCAGUGCUCCUGAAAUGAAAUAAAUUACAAUUAUUUGAAACAACAAAUCUUAAAUAAAACAAAUAUAAAUUAUACGACUCAAUAUCGCUGUCACUGUCGCUAUAUCGUGUUGCAGAUUUUCUAAAGCGAAUUAUGAAAUUCCCACGUCGAUGUAAAGUGAGAUGAUUUGAGGUUUGGUUUCAUUUUCUGUUCCGUCGUCAACAUCAUGCUGGGCAAAUACAACACAAAAGCAUUCAUAUCGCUUGGAUUGACAUUCAUAUUGAUGUGGAUUAGUGAGGCCACGGACACCCACAUGAACUACAACUACACAACGAAGCCCCGAGUGGUUCUUCCGCCUAAUUAUGUCAAGGAAAUGCGACCGCCCUCAAAGAAGGGCUCACCAGUGAUAGUAGACUUUAGCAUAUUUGUUGUAGAUAUUAACUCAAUUAAUGUAGAGGAUAUGGACUUUAGAGUUGACAUGUUUAUACAUCAACGUUGGAUGGAAUCCCGACUGGAAAUAUCGGAUGACAUAUUCGAAGAGGGCGACGACUAUGUCACUUUACUUCCUGAAUUUUUCGACAACCUUUGGCAACCAGAUCCGUAUUUUCUAAAUUCGAAAAUUGCCGGAUUUGGAAGUCCAUAUGUUGCCUCAACUUCUCUGCUACGCAAUAAAGAUGAAAGAGAAUCUAAAAACUUUCAUCUAGACAAAACUUUAAAAAUAGCUACCCUGACGCACAAGUUCACAUCGGUGACGCUGUACAAGAAUAAGACCGUUCGAUAUGCAGCUCGCAUGCAUGCCAUAAUUGCCUGCCAGAUGGAGUUCCAGCUCUACCCCAUGGACAUCCAAGUAUGUCCCAUUUACAUUGAGAGUUUUUCGUCCAACAAUCAGAAGGUAAAGCUGCGGUGGUCCGACUCGGGUGUAACGCUCAAUCCAGAGCUAAAGCUACUGCAAUACAAUCUCGGCCAGCCCUUGGAGCUGGAGGAGAGCGAUGGCUAUAUGCCCGAGAAGGUGGGCAACUUCUCACGUCUCACCGUCUACUUUCGCUUCGAGCGGCAGAUUGGCCAUCAUCUGAUCCAGACAUUUGCCCCAUCCUCGCUGGUUGUCAUGCUGUCGUGGUUCAGCUUCUGGCUCGGCCUGGACGCCAUACCGGGACGUGUAACGCUGCUGGUCACCUGCAUGCUGACGCUGGUCACAAUGUUCACCGGUCUACGGGCGGAUAUACCACCCGUUGCGUAUGUAAAGGCGCUUGACCUUUGGAUGGCCGGAUGCAUGGUGUCGGUGUUCGCUGCCCUCGCUGAAUUUGUCGUUGUCAAAGUGUUGGAUGUCCAGUACCAGUACCAGGUAAACCGAAUACCAAAGGUACUGCCCAUGCGCAUAAGCAAUAUGGAGAAAGGUCAAUGUGCAACUGUGGCGAGCUGGGAGGGAGGCGCCGUACGGUCACGAAAGGCCACACAAACUCCAACAACGCCAGGCCAGACAUCGCUGCAGGGCAAUGGAGGACCACCCAAGCCCGCCCGUCGACAGAGCCUGCUGUCGGUGGCUUGGACGGACACGGAUACGGGCGUGGAGAAGAUCAUGUGGCGUGAGAUCGAUAAAGUGUCGCGUGCCGUAUUUCCCAUAUUGUUCUUUGUCUUUGUGCUCCUAUAUUGGCCCAUAUUGCUGAUGAAGUCGUCCUAGGAUUUGGGGAGUUCCAGAAUACACAUUUCUGGACUCCGUUAAAAAAUCGAAAAGGAACUCAAUCCCAAAAUGUUGCAAAGACACAAAGACAACGAUACAAGGAUACAUACACUGCAAUACAGUUUAACUUUAUAGCGCUCCAAACAAAUCUAUUGCUAUGAGUAUAUAUAACAUAUAUAUUAUUACCAUAUCUAAGUAUUAUCAGGUAUACAAGUAUAUAUGUAGUAUAUAGUUUCCUGCGCUAACGCUUUUACUAUGCUAACCCCAAAACGAACUUCUAGAUCUACGAAAAUUGGCAUUGCUCAGUGAUAGAAUAUUUGAAUUGGAGUUGUUUUAAGCGGUCUACUCAUACCAUCCUUAGCCAUGUUCAACAUUGUGUACCUGAGUUAACGAAUCAGAUCAGAAUAUGGCAUACAAUUCUUACAAAUGAUGAUAUCAUAUAAUAACUAAUAUAGCUCACAUGCCGUUUCAGAAUCGGGCAGUGUAAAUGCUGUGAACGUUUAUCACGGUGCAGUAUUGAAUAGCGCCACCUAUCGGUCAAUGCUUCAUAGGUGUGAGAGCGCAUUAAUUUUAUCCGUUAGCCGGAUACCGGAUACAGGGUAUUUUUCAGACAUCGGAUAAAUUUGAGCUCAGCCUUAAGCUCAACUGUGAAUUCACAAACAAAGCUUGUUAAUUAAACCUCAAUCAAAACUAAGCAAGCUUUGCUAAUCGAAUUAAUCUAUAAUGUGUUUAUUUUUAUAUAAACAGUCGAACUUCACUUACAAAAACCCUUAGCGGAGGUCGACAGUACAUUAUAAUCUUUGUAUAUUCAUAUACCACUAUGCCUCUAGUGGAAUAAUUAAAUAAUUAUUUUUUUAAUCAAUUAUUAGUUUUGAUUUUUUUUGCUAGCAUAAAUUUACGCUUAAGCAAAAUCAGCCAGAAAAUUAAUUGGUGCUUUAAAGAGAUAAUAACAAGUUUACAACCCUCUAAGGAUCAAUAUCUAAGUAUAUAUAUUAUUAUGUAAAUAAAGUAGAAAAUAUGCUAUUUAGGAACUUUUACACACAAUUGAGACAAAUAACACUUUAGAGCUGUGGCUUUAUAUUAUACUAUACUAUAUUUGAUAUAUUUACCUGUAGUUCAAAUGGCACACACUCAAACUCAAGAGAAACUAGAAAUAUUGUCGUAUAUUAAAUAUACUUAAGUGAAGCGAAUAUUAUAUUUUGUAUAAAAUGAAACUGUGUAAAUACAAUACAGAUAACAGAAACAGAUAAUUCAAAUUUAAGAUUAUAAUAAAACACCUAGACAUUUA